UGUUGUGGACAUUCGACUUUGCUUAUCUCUCUCCCACGAAGAGUAUCCCUAAUCAUAUCCAAAGAAAAAACUUUCUGCCGUGGUUUAAAAUUUUUACUGUGCAUUCCGUUAAAACAGCUAAUAAAAUGUCUCUGCGUCAACUGGUGGAUGGCGACUGUGGUGGCGUCAACCCGCUCAUGCAACUGGGUGGGCAAUUCACACAUGAUGUCGCCCGCAAAGACGAAGGCUUUACGAGUGCGCAGUUUGAGCGCAGCAUGCGUCCAGAUGAACAAAUGGUCAAUGAAUAUCUGGGGCAAGUAACCGCACCACCACAGACCUUUCAAAUGAAUACAUUGUUGCAGGAAAUGCGUGAAAUAGAGCAGGCGAACGCAAUGCCACAAUUGCAAAAUAGCUUGGACAUAGCAGUAGGUACACAAUGGGCAAAAGAAUUUGGCAUACAACAGCCAAUGCUGCCUUCACAAAUGGUGCACAUGCAACCCCGACAGCAGCAGCUAGUGCAUGUACGUGAGUUCUUCGAGGAAGAUGGCCCAGGCACAUCUGCAUCAUUAUUAGGUCAGGUGCCUAUACCGUCGUAUAUGCCCAUGCAAACACUGCCAACGCCAUACUUAGCCAUCUGUCCGCCUCACCAACCUACUACCGAUACUUUUUUCGAUGAAAUCAAACCACUGACGAGAGAAGAGACCGAAAAACUGCUUCCACAAGCUUCCACAAAGGAAUAUGUCGAAGAUUGGAUUAAUGACUAUACAGCUAGAGCAAAGGAGCGUCAACAAUCAGACAGCAGCUACAACGAGAGUUUCUGGCAACGGCUGCAAGAUGAAUGGCAGAAGCUAUCCGAAGACUCCGAACAUCCAUGGUUAUCUGAAUAUGCCGAAAAUUAUGAUCCAUACAAAGAGUAUGAGUUCACUGAAGAAAACCCCAUGGCUGAUAUGAAAAACGCAUUGGCGAAGGGCAAGGAAUACAUGCAAAAAGGUGAUAUACCUAGUGCAGUGAUGUGUUUCGAAGUUGCUGCUAAAAAAGAUCCAGAAAACGCUGAGGCAUGGGAGCUACUGGGCAUCUCGCAAGCAGAGAAUGAAAUGGAUCCACAAAGCAUAGCUGCAUUAAAGCGUUCCUUAGAGUUACGCCCAGAUAACAAUCGUGUGCUUAUGGCACUUGCGGUCUGCUACACAAACGAGAGCCUACAAAGUCAUGCAUUACGUAUGCUAGUCAAUUGGAUGCAGGUAAAUCCAAAAUACAAACAUCUAUUACAGCAACAUCCCGAGUUGCAAACUGAGGGUGGUACUAUGGCUUCCUCACUGAUUGUGGGCAGCAAACUACAAGCAGUCCAAAAUCUAUUUCUCGAUGCCGUACGUCUGAACCCGCAACAAGUCGACGCGGAUGUACAGGAAGCUUUAGGCGUGCUUUACAAUCUCUCCUCUGAAUAUGACAAAGCGGUCGAUUGCUUCCGUGCCGCAUUGCAUGUAAACCCGGAGAAUGCAAAAGUUUGGAACCGUCUUGGCGCAAGCUUGGCAAAUGGCUCACGAUCCGUUGAAGCAGUUGAGGCAUACCAGCGCGCAUUACAACUGGAGCCCGGUUUCAUACGUGUACGUUAUAAUGUUGGCGUAUGUUGUAUGAAUCUAAAAGCUUAUAAGCAAGCGGUCGAACAUCUACUUACGGCGUUAAAUAUGCAAGCGAACACUGCAGCGGCAAGAGAUGUGCCAGCCACCACUAGAGACGUAAUUGGUGGCGGUCAAGCGCAAAUGUCCGAAUCCAUUUGGAGCACGUUGAAAAUGGUGAUCUCACUGAUGGGACGUAGCGAAUUGCACAGCGCUGUUAAUGAACGUAAUCUAGCAGUACUGAAUGAAGCAUUCAUGGAUACGGUUUAGUGGUGCGAGAGAUUUGGGACUUUUAUAAUGUAUGAAAAUAUUAAAUCGGUCACAUUUUAUGUUUCACUUUUUCUGCAUGAUUUGGCAAAUUAUGUUAACAAAUGUAAUAUUUAUGGUGUUGGAUUGUUUGGCAAGAACAAAAUUGUAUCAACUUAGAAAUAUUUUAUAAAUAUAAAUACUAUAAAUAAAAUAACUAUGUAAAUUUUUAUUCGGUUACUAUGUGCAAAGGGGAAAUAACUUUUCAAAGAUUUCUAUGUAAAAGAAGGAAAAAAAAA